GACAACGUUGCUGUUCAGUAGCCUGCUGCAGGCAAGGUUGCGCUGCCCGCUGCCUAGGGUAGGAUCCAGCUGGGCACCUACAAUGCCAAAAAGGGGCAAGAAGAAGGAAGGCGAAGCCCUUCCUGAGGAGAAGGAGGCAGUGGCAGAACCAGAGCCUAAGAAGGCUAAGAAAGGUGGGGCGAAAGCUGAGAAGGAGGCCGACGGUCCAAUCCUGUACCAAGACCCGCCUGACAAACUCACCUCUCCCAGUGGCAAGAAAUACACCUUGAAGGUCACCUCCUGGAAUGUCGACGGGAUCCGAGCCUGGUUCAAGAAGAAGGGGCUGGAGUGGGUGUGUGAGGAGAAGCCGGACAUACUCUGCCUCCAAGAGACGAAAUGCGCGGAAAAACAGCUGCCGGCCGAGAUCCGGGAUCUGGCCGACUAUCCCCACAAGUACUGGGCCUGCUCUGAUGACAAGGAAGGCUACAGUGGGGUGGCCCUCCUCUCCAAAGCCAAGCCUGUCGAUGUCACCUACGGUAUCGGCGAGGAGGAGCACGACAAGGAAGGCCGGGUGAUCACAGCCGAGUUCCCCUCCUACUUCCUGGUGACGGCCUACGUCCCCAACGCGGGCCGGGGCCUGGUGCGACUGGAGUACCGCCAGCGCUGGGACGUGGCCUUCCGCUCCUACCUGCAAGGCCUGGCCGCCCGCAAGCCCCUCGUCCUCUGUGGGGACCUCAAUGUGGCCCACCAGGAGAUCGACCUGAAGAACCCCAAGGGCAACAAGAAGAACGCCGGCUUCACCCCCGAGGAGCGGGAGGGUUUCGGCGAGCUGCUGGAGGCCGGCUUCGCCGACACGUUCCGACACCUCUACCCCGACACCCCCUACGCCUACACCUUCUGGACCUACAUGAUGAACGCCCGGGCCAAGAACGUGGGCUGGCGGCUCGACUACUUUGUGGUCUCCAAAGACCUGCUGGAGAACGUCUGCGACAGCAAGAUCCGAUCCACGGCCCUGGGGAGCGACCACUGCCCCAUCACCCUGUACCUAGCCGUGUGAUGGAGAUGCCAAGGGGAUGGAGGGCGGUUACUAACAUGGGUCCUCCGAUAUUGCAGCUUGAGCCGAGAG